UUUAACUCAAUUCACCUUUCUGUUGGACGGGCUUAGCAGAGAGAAGAAUCCCUCAACACACUCAGCAACAUCCCUGUUCUACAAGCCUUCAGAGAUCAUGGGCGUUAGUAACAUGAAAAAACUGGUUGAAGAGUCAAACAUCUUAGAAGAUGAAAAAUUCAAAGACAGCUCAGUCGUCAUUGAUGGUCCCAAUCUCUUCUAUAAUCUGUAUUUUAACUCCAAACCAAAGCUGGACCAACAACAUGGAGGAGAUUACUCUGCAUUCAGAGAGCUGGUUCGACGGUUCUUCUCCAACCUCCAGCAAUGUAAUAUCACAGCGCUGGUGGUUUUGGAUGGAGGCUCAUCGGCAAUGAAGGGGAAAACCAUUGAAGAUCGGAUGAAAGAAAAACUUAAAAAGGCAAAAAGAAUCUCAGAGUCUAAGGCUGGGAGCUGGGAUAACAUCCUACCUCCUAUGGCCAAAGACGUCUUUAUCCAGAUUCUUCAGGAAAUGAACAUAGAGAUGCAGCAGUGUUUAGGGGAGGCUGACCAAACAGCUGCCAUGUGGGCCAAUGAGAGGAAGUGUCCAGUUCUGUCCAAAGACUCAGAUUUCUACAUCUUUGAUAUACAGGAAGGGUUCCUUUACACUGAUCAAUUUAAUUGGGAAAAUGUAGAAGGAGGAGCCAUUCUAGCGAAGCGCUACAGAAUCUCACGCUUUUGUGAAAUAUUUAAGAUAAAAUGUAAGCAGAUGCCCAUCUUUGCUGCAAUAUCAGGCAAUGAUUACUCACGCUUAGAUGACAAGGGAGUGUUAACUAGAUUAUAUCAUCAACCCCAGCAGCCUGGAGGUUACCAUGCUAAUCGGCAGCGAUUCAUCCUGAAUUUCUUAAGCCAAUACAAGGCGAGAACAAUAGAAGAGGCUGUGAGAGCAGCUCUACAGCUGAUAGGUGAAACCAGAAAGGAGGAAGUGAAAAAGUUUGUAGAUUCAGCUCAAACUUACGAUUUAGUUGAACCACCUAAUCCCGACCUGCCGGAAUGGAUGAUCCAUGAAGUUCAAAACGGAAGGCUGACCUCUUUUGUCACAAUUGUGGCUGAUAAAUCGAUGACGCUGACUCCACUGGUGGAGGAUUUUUCCCAGCCCAGCAGCUACGAAGCUUCUCAUCGUAUCAGACAGUUCUUCUAUGGAUUGCUGGUUGGCUCAGAGCCAUUCACAGAAUAUGACAGGAGGGGCACUGAGGAUCUGUGUCCCAAAGCAGUGACUCCUAUCACACCAAGCGUGACACCAAAGGACCUGCAGAGGCUGAAGUUGGAACAUCUAAAUGAGGCUCCUGAGGAUCUGCGUCGGAAGGUGUUUUUUGAAGCUCUCAGGUGUUCCAGCCCUGAAAACAUUCCGGACCGACUGAAGCUAACGCUCAUUGUGACCCGGUUCUGGUUUCAGUACCGGCAAGAGAACAGCCCAGGAGGUUUAAACAACUUCUAUCUGCAGGCCUUACUGCUGGGGUUUCUAUAUGGGGAGGAUGAUGCAGGUGAAGCUAUAGCCAAGUUGGACGGUUUAAAGUCUGAAGGCUGCUCUCUGCAGCCUGAAGUUGCUCAUGCAUUCAGCCAGUGGCAGAACUGCAUGAGGCAUAGCCUCCAUCUGAACCAGCUGCUGGGCCGCCCCCUGCCAGAACCUCAGUGUUACCGGCUCUACUGUGGACCUCUGAUCCACAAGCUGCAGCAGGAACUGCAGAACUCAACCACUGCGUUCGAAGAGCUUCGCAACCUGCUGGAUGAAGGACGCAGAGAUCUCCUGGAUACCUCACUGCAGUUUACAGGCCCUUAGUGUCCUGAAUGAGAGAAGGGUCGUCACCUGGAUUAAAGCGGCCCUUAGCUCCAGAAGAGAUGGGAAACCGUAAUAGGAAAGAGACAGAGGAAAAAACAAGCAUUUGAGAGGGUUCCUCUGCUUCCCAGGGGCCGAGCGAUACAAAUGCCAUGCAAAUACAUGAAUUCACAGCAAAUUCAAGCAAACCCAAACAUUUGACUGGCCAACACAGAAACAGCACUAGAACACAAGCACUGCAAACACAUAAAUAAUGCAAACACACAGAAAACACAAAAACGAAAAAUAAUUCAAGUAGAAAAAAGAGCGGCAAGGAAAGAAAAGCUGCAAACUCUCCACAUAACGGAAAUUCUCCAGAUGAAGCAGAAAUAAAUAAACGGGAUUCUCAGAGAGAUUAAGUGUUUA